UAAAAGACCUUCCUCCUUUGUCCAUUCUGUUCUAGUCGUACCCAGCACUUGAGGAAGCCUGCACUGACUGUUUUGACUUUGACUCUGUUUGCUACUGGUUUCUGGUAUUGGUACCCUGCUCUCACCUCUCUCCUGAUGGUUGCUGAACCUGCCUGUCCUGGAUACAGCACAUCUACCCUUGGCAUGAACACGGACCCAAGGAUUGUGACGGAUUUCAACGUCUUCCGUAAGGAAGUCCUGGACCGCAUCAACCAAGGAGAGGCCAAAUGGAAGGAAAGCUGGACUAGAGAGCUGGAUGGUGUUAAGCGAAAGAUCGACCUUCUGGAGAAGGAUGAAGAGAGACACAGGCACAUGUCUGAGAUCAUGAGAGCGGAAAUUACUAACUUCAAGGAUGUGGCAAAAAAUAAUGACUUUGACCGCCAGACUUGGGUGACUGAAAAGGUCACUGAUGCAGACAAACAGGUAGCUAAACUCAAGGACAGUGUGUCACACCUCAGAACUGCCCAUCACAACCUCGAACAACGUGUGGAUGCACAAGAAAACACCAAUGCUCAGCUGAAAAAGGAGCUCACUGAUUGGCUGAAGCGAGAGCUCCGAGCAGUUCCUGGACAGGAUGCAGGAAGCAGUGUUUUGCGUCCUGAACUGCAGGGGGCGCUGGAGGCUCUGGAGAAGAAGCUGCUCCAGCGUCUGGCUGAAGAGGUGCAUAAGGAUCGUGGCAACAUGUGGAGGACUGUGGGAGAGAGCCUGCAGAAUGAAGGACUAGGCGCCAUAACGGUCAAGGUGAGCGGCCAUUUUCAGAAGGUCUUCUGA